AUGGUGUCUUCGGCUCUCACUCGCCCGCUGCUGCUCGUCACUCGAGCUUUGCAGUGGAGCAGUGCCGUCAUUGUCAUGGGCAUCACCUCCUAUUUCAUCAAAAAGGGCCCUCGCGGUCAACACACCACCUACUGGGAAAUCAUUGCUACUAUCUCUGUGGUCUUCUUCCUGCCGGCCUUUGUCUCCCCCUUCAUGCCCAAGAUGCUCAGCAAGUUCGUGCUAGCCAUCGACCUAGUCUUCUCCUAUCUGUGGUUGACGGCCUUCAUCUUCGCCGCCCAAGACUACAACCAGAACAUCUGCAGUGCGGACUCCCCCCCAGGCGUCAAGUGCUCCUUGAAGAAGGCCAACGAGGCGUUCAUCUUCCUCGCCUUCUUCUUCACCCUGGUCGGCCUCGUCCUGGAGGUCCUCUCCCUCUGGACCUACCGCCAGGAAAACGCCGCCCCCGUUCACGAGAAGAAUCCCCCGGCUACGGAGCGUGCUCCGCUUGAUGCCCCGGCCGAUACGGUCUAG